AUGGCUUCCCCAGUUACCACAAAAUUCCAGACUGCUUUACCUUUCGCACUUCUUUCAAUUUCACCCGGUCUUGCUGCUCUUCAUGCUUCUCGAGUGCGUUCUCUCUACCCAGACGAAUUUGAUUCUUCAUCCGCCACGAAUUGUCUGCGGUGCGGUUCAUAUCUGUUGGCCGCCGAUGGCUCUAUAGAACUCCGCAGACCAAAAAAAAGGAGAAAGGUUGCUGACAAGAAAUUAAACGCCAUCAAGAUUACUUGUCAUCGUUGUUGCUUUAUUUCCUAUACUUCGUUUGAUAGGAGAGAGACAUUCCCUCAGUCAAAGCCUACCACUGGAGCCCAACUAUCACUACCAUCGCCGGUCCCUUUAGUGUCCGUUUCAUCUCGGUCAGAACACAAACCGAAAGAAGAAUUAAUACCAUCUUCGUCACGUUUUUCCGUGCCAGUUGGUUCAUCCCCUGUGGCACAUUCGACGCGAGGAACUACACCUAACUUGCACACAAAGCCCAAAAAGAAGACAACAGCAUUACAGGAGAUGUUAGCUCGCAAUCGAGAGAAGGAGGCUGCAAGAACACAAUCCCAGCAAAAGCCACCACCAAGUGGCCUUGCAUCGUUCCUUAAUUCACUACAAUGAUAAAAAGGUGCGUUGUUAAUCUUACAUAUGGCUGCACCA